ACUGGCACAUACCCCAACGUUGAUAGAUACUAUAAACGUUGACCUACCAACACUGGAGGAUCGGUAGAAUGACAAAAUGAUGAUAAUUAUCCGACACUCUUAUCGUACUUAUCCAAUCCAAUCUAUUGUCCGGCCGAUUGCCGUUGGCAUGGCAGGCCGUGCCGCGGCACGGUGGUCGGCCCAGCUGCUCGCCGUACUGCUCUUGACAGUGGCGGCUCCAUCGGCUCAGGCUGGCUUCUUCGACAGCCUCUGCGAGCUGCUUGGCGACCCGGAGCUGUGUCGCAGCCAUGGCAUGGCCAGGAACCCCACCAGUUGGGAGGCCGCGACCAGGACGCGGGGGCCGUUUCAGCCCAUUGCGGACACGUCCGGCCCACCCUGGGCUGCUAAUGACAUGCCAUGGAUGCCCGGCAGGGUAGUCAUCAAAGGCAAGCCCACUGCACGAGUGAAGGUGGAUGCUGGAGCCAACUACUCGCUGCCCUCUGCAGAGACUAGGCAGUCAUUGGAAUUUGACUUCGACAACGUCACCUACUCCGUGGACGAUCCGAUGCUGCCUUGGAAGAUCAUCGAAUACUUUGCAAACCUACAGGUAGAAGUGUCCUACGUGGAGAACGUCGAGAAGCGCAAGGCCUACUCGGGCUACCUGUUCCGCAAGAUGAACGUCUACCUCUACGAGGUUGCCGGCGAGGACGUCACCGUCAAGGUGGCGCAGCAAGGCUACUUUGCUCCCGAGUUCUUCGUAGGGCUCGUUAACAAGCUCUCCAUGAUCCUGGUGUUCGUCAUGGCAGCCAUGCUCGCCUGGUUCGUCGGGUUCCUCGUCUACUGGUACCGCAGUGGCGGCAGCGCCCAGCGCGACCCAGCCGUCAGCGACGACGACAGCUACCUUAGCGACCCCAUCGCCGUACUGCCCGCAGAGUUUCGGUGCGGUCGCAUCGCGAGAAACACGGCAGGACGCGGCGGAGUGCGGUCGCGUUCCUGCGACGACGACCUUUAAUACCGAACGAUCACAGCAUUCGAUUGACAUCUUGGGAAAGACAACAACGUGCGGUACAAAAACACAGGACGCGCGGCAGAAGCGGCUCGUAGGUGGCACUGACUUUCAGCUACCCAAAAUUUUCGAUGUCUUCACUGUAAAUGUGUAAAAAAUAAAAUUAACUUAACGAAGCCCGGAUGGAUAGUACGUAUACAGAACGUUCACUUUUCUAUAUC